AUGUCUCUACCGACUGUAACGAAGACUGUAGCUGUGCUUGGUUCCUCUUACGGAGGAACUCGAGCAGCUCAACUACUCGCCAAAGGGCUUCCGAAGGGCUGGCGAGUCGUGGUGGUGGACCGAAAUAGCCACAUGAACCACGUCUACGUCUUUCCCCGCUAUGCUGUCGUUCCAGGACACGAGCACAAGGCUUUUAUCCCGUACGGACCCAUGUUCCGGCGGCCAGAUGCCCGACCCGAUGUGUCCGCGGUAUUCCUGCACGCACAAGUGACGUCGCUCUCUCCGCGGUCACUCACGCUAUCGCGCGCGUUUCCUGAGCACGGCGUGCUCGAGCCAGAGAAGACGCUCAACUUUGACUACGCGGUGUACGCCCUGGGUAGCCAUCUGCCCGCGCCGAUCGAUGUGUGGGGUUCCACCGAAGACGUGGACGUGAAGACAAUCGCGGAGUCCACUCCUGACACAAAUGCGAAUAGGUCGCCUUCGGCACUUCCGCUCGCUCUAGAAACGAAGGGGACAAAGGCCGCGGGCAUCGAAUGGCUCAAGCGGUAUCGAAGUCGCAUUGAGAGCGCCUCGAGCAUUCUAAUUGUGGGCGGCGGGGCGCUGGGAGUCCAAUAUGCGACAGACAUUGCAGACGUCUUCCCCGAUAAGAAAGUGACGCUCCUGCAUUCUCGACAGCAGCUGCUCCCGCGGUUCAGCCAAGCCAUGCACAACGAAAUCCUGUCGACGCUUCAUACAAUGAACAUCACGACCAUCCUAGGCGAACGCCUCGAUGUCCCCUCUCUAAUAUCGGGAGAAACAGCCACCGUCGCCGAUGGGAAGAAAGAGCGCGUCGUCCGCACGCUCAGCGGGCGCGAGAUACGUGCAGAGCUUGUGCUGCUGUGCACUGGUCAGAAGCCCAAUACCGCGUUGAUGGCGCAGGCUGUCCCAGACGCGGUCAAGUCUAGCACUGGCCUCAUUCGCGUGUCGCGCACCAUGCAGGUCGCUGUGCCGGCGACUUCACAUACAGAACCCUCCAGUCAGGCUGAUGGCAGGGUGAAUAUUCCAUAUCCGCACCUGUUCGCAAUAGGUGACUCGGCCGAUGCUUUCGGGGCGAUCAAUUCCGGUCGUAGCUCGGCUUUCCAGGCGAAUGUAGCCGUACAGAACAUUUUACGACUCGUGAAUCGUGAGGAGGAGGGCGCAUCUGGUGAGCACGCGGAGCUAGCACACUACGAGCCAGACCCCCCUGCGAUCAAAGUGUCGCUUGGUUUAAACAAACGCGUUGUUGACCGCAAUGGGGACGUUGCAAGCUCCUUGGGCGGGACGCCAGCCAUGGAGGCAUACGGCAUGUGGCAGUUAUACGGCGUGGAAACAGACGAAGCAGGGAUGCACGCGUGA